UGGAGGGUGAGAAGGAGCUUGUCAGAUGGAGCCUUUUCAGGAGGAAAGUGCAGCCUGAGGAAAGGUGCGGAGGCAGUGUGGUACCAGAAAUGUGCUCAAAGGGCAUCUUUGAGGAUAAGGCCAGAGGGAAGGUUUAGGUCUGCAGGGCCCUGGGCCUGGGGCUGGUGCCCCUUCCAGAGGCCACAGGAACCACUGGUGGAGGGAAGAGGCCUGAUGACAAAGAAAGGAAAUGAGGACAGAGGAGGGAAGAAGCAAACCAAGACUGGAGGAAGGAGAACAUUCUGGAGAUGUGAGCUGGAGGCAGGAAGAAAGGGGAGGAGCUGCCCCUUCAUGUGGGCAGUGGAGUUUCUUAGAGACGAGCCGCCCAGAGAAGCUUGUCCUGGCCUGAAGGUGCAGCCGGCAGACCUCAGGGAGGAGCCUGCAGCCCCCACCACCUCGGGGAGGAGAGAGACAGGCCAGGAGUGGGGCCGAGGAGAAGAGGAAGAAGGGCCCGUGGAUGGCCAAGCUGGCCACUGCACCCUUUCAAAGGUGAACACAGUAAAAUUUAUGACAGGUGUACUAUCAGACAACAGAGGAGAAUAAAAGCAGGAGGAAGUGUGGCAGCCUCCACCUGUGCAAACCAUUCAUCCAAGGCUGGGACACCUGGACGAUUCUGGCAUGGGGCUGCAGCCACGCAUCUUCCUCCUGGGGCUGCUGUUGCUUCUGGGGCAAGGGCUCACCCAGGCCACUACCUCUCCUGGCGAGAACACACUGGAAAAGCAACUAUCACCAGAGGCCCUGAAGAACUUUGCAUUCUCAUGCAACCCAAAGAAGUCAGGAUCCAGUGUGCCUCCGAAGUCAGUCCACUCUGUGAGACCUUCUGAUAUAAAAUUUGUGGCAGCCCUGGGCUACGUGGAACCUCCUCCAGACUCUGGGACCGUUGACCUGGAGAAGCAAAAAUGGACGGACAGAAGGCCACAGCAGGCAUGCAUGGAAGUGGUGACAGUCCUUUCAGACAUCAUCAGAUAUUUCAACCCUUCUGUUCUGAGGCCUUUGUGCGCCCCUGGGAAGACAGUGGUGGCCCACACUGGUGCUCAAGACUUACGGGUAGAGGCGGAAGGACUGGUGCGGAGCAUGAGGGAGAACCAGCAACUUGACUUUCAAAAUGACUGGAAGCUCAUCAAUGUGUUCUUCAGUAACACAAGCCAGGGUCACCUCUGUCCCUUCGCCCAACAGCACAGGCACGCAGCGGGAGGUCUGCUCAAGCUAGCUGGAGUGCUGGACUACCUGCACCAGGAGGUCCCCAAAGCGUUUGUGAACCUGGUGGAUCUCUCUGAGGCUCUGGUAGUUUCUCACUGGCACCAAGGGACUCAGCUCAGCCUCGCAGAAGAGCCCUGCAGAUACUCAGGGGAGACCUUGAAGCUUUCCGAGGUUGUGACACAGUGGUCCUAUCAGGAGAGCUGGGACCGUCUCCUGGCCUCCAGCAAGUACAACAAGGAGGAGUCCUUCGCAGUGGUUUUCCAGCCUUUCUUCUACCAGACCCUACCCUCGGGGGAACAACCACUCCAGGAUCCCAGCACAGUCGCCUUGAAUCUCUGGAGCAGCAUAAUGGAGCCAGCAGGACAGAAAGAUGAGCCAUUCAGUGCACGAGAGGGAAGUCCGGUGAAAUGUCCCUCUCAGGAGAAUCCCUUUCUGUUCACCUACAAGAACAGCAACUACCUGCCCAGGCUGCUAAAAUCUCCUGAGGAGCUUGAGGUGACAGAUGCAAUGGAAAUCAGGUGCCCUGACAAGGACCCCUCCAACACGAUUCCCACUUCAGUUCACAGGCUGAAGCUGGCUGACAUCAAGGUAAUCGCAGCCCUGGGGGACUCUCUCACGGCAGGUAAUGGGGCUGGAUCAAAGCCUGGGGACAUCUUGGAUGUCUUGACUCAGUAUCGAGGCCUGUCCUGGAGUGUCGGCGGCGAUCACAACCUCAGCAGCGUCACCACCCUCGCAAACAUCUUCCGCGAAUUCAACCCUAACCUAAGGGGCUUCUCUAUUGGUACCGGGAAAGAAAACAGUGCUGGAGCGUUCCUAAAUCAAGCUGUGGCAGGAGCCCGAGCUGAGGAUUUACCUGUUCAGGCCAGGAGGCUGGUGGACCUGAUGAAGAAUGACACGAAGAUAAAUUUUCAGGAAGAUUGGAAGAUAAUAACCCUGUUUAUAGGAGGCAACGAUCUCUGUGAAUUCUGCAGUGACCUGGUCCACUAUUCUCCCCAGAACUUCACGGACAACAUCAGGAAGGCUCUGGACAUCCUCCAUGCUGAGGUUCCUCGGGCAUUUGUGAACCUGGUAAAUGUUCUGGAGAUCAUCAACCUGAGGGAGCUGUAUCAGGAGAAGAAAGUCAGCUGCCCAAGGCUGAUCCUUAGGAAUCUGUGCUCCUGUGUCCUGAAGUUUGAUGAUAACUCACCAGAACUUGCCUCCCUCAUCGAAGUCAAUAAGAAAUACCAGGAGGGGACUCACCAGCUGGUUGAAAAUGGGCGAUACGACACAAGGGAGGACUUCACGGUGGUCGUGCAGCCAUUUUUUGAAAAAGUGGACAUGCCAAAGACCUCGGCGGGGCUGCCCGACAGCUCUUUCUUCGCUCCUGACUGUUUCCACUUCAGCAGGAAAGCUCACGCUCACGCGGCCAGCGCCCUCUGGAACAACAUGCUGGAACCUGUUGGCCAGAAGACAACGCAGCAUAAUUUUGAACACAAGAUCAAUAUCACAUGUCCGACCCAGUUCUGGCCGUUUCUGAGAACCUACAAGAACAGCGUGCAGGGUCAUGGGAGCCAGCUGCUGUGCAGGGACAGAGCUCCUUCCACCUCACCGCCCACCUCAGUGCACACCCUGAGACCGGCAGAUAUCCAAGUUGUGGCUGCGCUGGGGGAUUCUCUGACCGCCGGCAAUGGAAUUGGCUCCAAACCAGAUGACCUUUCUGACGUCACCACUCAGUAUCGGGGGCUGUCAUAUAGUUCGGGAGGGGAUGGCUCCCUUGAGACCGUGACCACCUUACCAAAUAUCCUUCGGAAGUUUAACAGAAAUCUCAGAGGCUACGCGGUGGGCACGGGUGACGCCAAUGGCACAAAUGCCUUCCUUAAUCAGGCUGUUCCUGGAGCAAAGGCUGGGGAACUUAUGAGCCAAGUCCAGACUCUCGUGCAGAGGAUGAAAGAUGACCAUAGAGUGAAUUUCCGCAAGGACUGGAAGAUUAUCACGGUGCUGAUUGGAGGCAGCGAUUUAUGUGACUACUGCACGGAUUCGAAUCUGUAUUCUGCAGCCAAGUUUUUUGACCAUCUCCGCAAUGCCUUGGACAUCCUGCAUAGAGAGGUGCCCAGAGCCCUGGUCAACCUGGUGGACUUCAUGAACCCCAGCAUCAUGCGACAGGUGUUCCUGGGCAAUCCAGACAAGUGCCCUGUGCAGCAGGCCAGCAUUUUGUGUAACUGCGUUCUGACCCCUCGGGAGAGCUCCCAAGAGCUGGCCAGGCUAGAGGCCAUCACCCAAGCCUAUCAGAGCAGCAUGCGUGAACUGGUGGAGUCAGGCCGCUAUGACACAAGGGAGGACUUUUCCGUGGUACUGCAGCCUUUCUUCCGCAACAUCCGGCUCCCCGUCCUGGCGGAUGGGCACCUUGAUAUAUCCUUCUUCGCCCCAGACUGUAUCCACCCAAGUCAGAAAUUCCACUCCCAGCUCUCCAGAGCCCUUUGGGCCAAUAUGCUUGAGCCACUAGGAAGGAAAACAGAUACCCUGGACCUGAUGGCAAAUAUAUCCCUCUCCUGCCCUCCUCAGAAUGAGCCCUUCCUGAGAACUCCCCGGAACAGCAACUACACCUACCCCACCAAGCCGGCCAUUGAGAAUUGGGGCAGUGACUUCCUGUGUACAGAGUGGAAUCCUUCCAACAGCGUCCCCACCUCAGUCCAUGAGCUCCGGCCAGGAGACAUCAAAGUGGUGGCCGCGAUGGGCGAUUCAUUGACUACAGCAUUGGGAGCCAGACCAAGCAACUCCAGCGACCUACCCAUGUCCUGGAGAGGAGUCUCCUGGAGCAUUGGAGGGGACGGCAUCUUGGACACCCACACCACACUGCCCAACAUUCUGAAGAAGUUCAACCCUCACAUCCUUGGGUUCUCCACCGGUACCCUGGAGGAGACAGCAGGACUGAAUGUGGCCGUGGAAGGAGCCAGAGCUAGGGACAUGCCGACGCAGGCCCGGGACCUGGUGGAGCGAAUGAAAAACAACCCUGAAAUUGAUCUAGAGAAUGACUGGAAGCUGAUCACACUCUUCAUUGGGAGCAACGACAUGUGUCAUUACUGUGAGAAUCAGGAGGCCCACUCAGCUGGGGAGUACAUUCGGCACAUCCAACAGGCCCUGGACAUCUUCUAUGAGGAGCUUCCAAGGGCUUUCAUCAAUGUGGUGGAGGUCAUGGAGUUGGCUGGCCUGCACCAGGGCCAAGGUGGGAAAUGCGACCUGCCGCUGGCCGCUCAGAGCAACUGCACUUGCCUCACACGUUCCCAGGAGAAUUCUCUGGAGAUGCAAGAACUGAAGAAAAUGAACUGGAACUUCCAGAGUGGCAUCUCCAGGUUGUCCUACUGGCACCAGUACCUGCAGCGUGAAGAUUUCGCAGUGGUCGUGCAGCCUUUCUUCCAGAACACUCUUGUCCCCCUGAACAGCAAAGGGGGCGCUGACCUCACCUUCUUCUCCGAGGACUGUUUCCACUUCUCAGAACGUGGUCACGCGGAGAUGGCCAUCGCGCUCUGGAACAACAUGCUGGAGCCAGUGGGCCAUAAGACAACCUCCAACAACUUCACCCACAGCCGAACCAAACUCAAAUGCCCCUCUCCUGAGAGCCCUUACCUCCACACCCUGAGGAAUAGUCAGCUACUCCAAGACCAUUCUGAAACAGGCCCCACGGUGCUGUCCUGGGCCUUGCCUGUGGCGGCAGGAGGUGGCCUUGCACUUGGUGUCGGCGCGGUGAUGGCAUGGAGAGCCAUAGGAGGUCGCCAGCGGGAAAAUCCUCCAAUGAGCCUCAACACGAUGAGAUUCUAGGCCUCCAGCCAUGGGCAUGCACUCAUCCCCAAUUCCCCAGCCACACUCCUCACCAGCCGUCUACCUCAGCCACCUUGGCCACCAGAGAGCAUUUGCUUCGUCACCUGGUGACAUAGGAAGCCAAAGGGACAGUCACGACUCCUUGGGGCCUGGAGCCUGUGCUCCUGGAAUUGCCUAAUUUAAAUAAAGGCCAAAGUCAUUCUAUUCUUGGGUUAA